AUGGAUUUGUUUCACAAGUUGAUGAACAUUCUACUUCCUCCCCUAACACUUAUUCUACUCAUUUUCUUCCUUCCACCUUUCCUAACUUUCAAGCUUCUUCGUUUCGUGAAAAGAUCCAUAAUUUCCAGCGACGACGUUUCUGGAAAAGUAGUAUUAAUCACAGGAGCAGCUUCUGGCAUUGGAGAGCAACUUGCUUAUGAGUAUGGUAGAAGAGGAGCAUUGUUGGUUCUUGUUGAUAUCAAUGAGGAAAAUUUGGCAACAGUUUGUAGUAAAGCAUGUUCUCUUGGCUCCCAAGAUGCUAUUUCCAUUGUAGCAGAUAUUUCAAAACUUGAAGACUGUAAGAGGUUUAUAAACGAAGCAAUUAACCAUUUUGGCCGAUGUAAGCUUGCAUUUCUUGACCGUAUGUAUGUGUUAUGUAUGAGUGUAUGCCAAUAUGUAUAUGUUCUGUUUCUUGUGUAUAUUUGCAAUAAAAUAACAAAUUUCUCUAACUGCCAAAAAAUGGUUUUUCCUUUUCUGUUUUCAUGCAAAAAAGUGGAUCAUUUGGUGAACAAUGCUGGCAUAGCAAGAGAUGGCGUGUUUAAGAAUGUAGAACAAAUUUCUGAUAUUGUUCCUGUUAUGGAUGUCAAUUUCUGGGGUACAGUUUACAGUACCCACUUUGCACUGCCACACCUGCUAAAGGCCAAAGGGAAGAUAGUAGUGAUUGCUUCUACUUGUGGAUGGUACCCUCUUCCAAGAUUGAUCAUCUACAACGCAAGCAAAGCUGCUCUUAUAAGCUUCUUCGACACUUUGAGAGCAGAACUUGGUUGGGAUAUUGGCAUUACCAUUGUGACUCCUGGGGUUAUCAAGACUAAAUUGACACAAGGGGAUCUUUUGCAACCAGUUCCAGCAGAGUCAGCAGAAGGAUGUGCCAAGGCAAUAGUGAAGAGUGCUUGUAGGGGAGACAUGUAUUUGACAGAACCAUCUUGGAUCAGAGUCCUGGUUCCUCUGAAGGUUUUUUGUCCUGAGCUUGUUGACAUUGGAAAUAGAUGGUUUUCUCGCUUGAAGAUCAAAUCUUCAUUCCUAUCUUCCCAAUCCCAGCUCAAGGUCGAAUAGGUCCACGAUUUUCUUUUCAAAGUUUGAAGCCUAUUUUUUUAAUUGCCUUGGAUUUUAGUUUUUUUUUUUUUUUUUUUUUUUUUUUGGGGAAAUUUCCCACCAUGUAUCCAAUAAAAUAACAAUGGGGAUUCAUAAAUUAGUGCAAUGCAAUUUUUGCAGUGUUUGGAAUGAUUUGGAAACUUGAAAAGUUGUAAUGUACCUCCCAAACUUAGCUAAA